UGCAGUACGUCAAAGGUGCCAGUUUGGUCGGUAAGACGUGUCGAACGCUUGAAAAUGUUUUUCAUGUCUCCGAUCACGACAGAACAGUCACGACCGGUCCCGGACGCAAAACGCUCCAACGUGUUGACGAAACUUGCAUAGUUGUUGCAGCGCCGCCAUGUUGAGUCGGGCGGUGCGCGCGGUGCGCGGGCUGGCGGCGGCGGCCCCGGCGCCGUCCUGCCCCGGUGAGGCGUCGUCCCGGAUGACGGCGACGCGCCGCCUCGCACCCGCCGCCUCCGAGCUGGGCGGCGAGCAGCACCGGCGGCACCGCAGCACGGCCAGCAGCCCGACGGACAGCCAGGGCCCGCCCAAGAUCCUCAUCACGGGCAGCCUCGGCCAGCUGGGCCUCGAGAUGGCGCGCUUCCUCCGCCGGGUGUACGGCCAGGACAGCGUGCUCAUGUCGGACAUCAUCAAGGCCUCGCGCGACGUGGCCGAGGAGGGGCCCUACAUCUUCGCCGACAUUCUGGACUUCAAGGGCCUCCAGGAGAUCGUGGUGACGCACCGCGUGGACUGGAUCAUCCACUUCAGCGCGCUGCUCAGCGCCGUGGGCGAGCAGAAUGUGCCCCUGGCCGUCAGGGUCAACAUCGAAGGCGUGCACAACGUCAUUGAGCUGGCCAAGCAGUACAAGCUGCGCCUCUUUGUCCCGUCCACCAUCGGCUCCUUCGGGCCGGACUCGCCGCGCAACCCGACUCCCAACGUGACGGUGCAGCGGCCGCGGACCAUUUACGGCGUGAGCAAGGUGCACGCCGAACUCCUCGGGGAGUACUACCACCACCGCUUUGGCCUCGACUUCCGCUGCCUGCGCUUCCCGGGCGUCAUCUCUUCGGACCCGCCGGGUGGCGGCACUACUGACUACGCCGUGUUCAUGUUCUACGAGGCGCUGCGCACGGGCCGCUUCGAGUGCUACCUGCGCCCGGACACGCGCCUGCCCAUGAUGCACAUCAGCGACUGCCUGCGCUCCCUGUGGGAGUUCAUGACGGCGCCCACGGACCGGCUGCACCGCCGCGUCUACAACGUGACCGCCAUGAGCUUCACGCCGGAGGAGCUCGCCGGGGAGCUGCGCAAGUACGUGCCGGAGCUCGAGGUCACCUACCGCCCCGACAGCCGGCAGCUCAUCGCGGAUUCGUGGCCGCAGGUGUUCGACGACAGCGAAGCACGAGCAGACUGGGGAUGGCGGCACCAGUGCAAUCUCAGCCAGCUGGUCGAGACAAUGGUCCAGGAGGUCGGGGCUCAAGUGAAGAGGGAAAAGCCGGCAGAUAAUUAAAUGUAUAGACUUAAUGAAAACUGAUGUAUGUAGACUAUGUUCGUGUUCAUGUGUGUGCAACUUUCUUUUGGGAUUUAUAGCAUUUAAGAACUGCUACAACAUGCAUAAAAUAAGUACAAAAAAUGAAUAAAGUUUCUACUUUUAAUAGUAA